UCAAGUUGCUGUGCGGUUUUAACGGUGUUACUAUCCCGAUCACUUUGGUUAUUAUACAAUCUUUACAGCUGAUGUUUUUCGCGGCCAACGGUGUCGUCGGGCGUCUGGGACCGAUGCGAGUCAUCGGUGGCGACGAUAGAUUGCGGACCGACACGACGAAAACGGACACGGUGGUGGGCAUAAUAUUGGCCCUGGAGCAAAGCGCGACGUGGUUGGCCGAAGGGGUAAUGAUAGUGGCCACCGGCGGCGUGUGGUCAGACGACGACGAUCCGCCGCGCCGCCUGUUGCGUGCGUUGCAGUCCAAUGGCCCAGAGCAGCCCGUGUACAUGGUGGACAUAGCCCACCUUUUGGCUAACGUCCACCACGGAACAGUCACCGCGGACGUUGUGGACGCCACCGGUCGCUGGUUACCGGCCGUUUGUGCGCGGCCGGUCAGCUCCCCGAUAGAUACCACGUCUUUGUUGCCACCGCGGUCACGCUACGUCGUCCUGUUCCGGGAUGGUGUGGGCCCGUGGCCCACACAUGAUUCGUUCAACGAACUGAUCAGCCUAAACCGCACGUUCUGGGACACGGACGUCUACUACGUGAUCGUAGUUCGCCAGUUCGACCCGGCCAUUCGAAAUAUUGUAUACACCGCGUGGCGCGAUCUGUCCAUCUACAAGGUGAUCGUGGUGACACCAACCGCGAUCAAACUUCUCGACCCGUUCAUUCGCGACACGAUCGAAGGUCAGUUCACGAGCAUACCGUUGUGGUCGCUGAAACGAAUACCGGAAAUGCUAGAGUCGCGGAUCAAAAACCUUCACCGGUUACCGUUCCGAAUCGUCAUCAACAAACGAAUACCAACGGUGAUCCCGAUGGAAGGUGGCGUUUACCUGGGGCAAGACGGAGCGUUCGCUGACGUCCUGGCCGCCAAAAUGAAUGCUACUCCGGUUUACAUUUCCGAUCCGUCGCCCAACGGUAGGAUCACUUACGGAUACAAGCGAAGGAACAACACGACUCACGGGACAUUUGCCGGCGUGGUCGAUGGCUUUGCCGACAUUUCGGUCAACGGCCAUUUUCUGAAAGACUACAACUGUUACUCGGCCGAGCUCACGAGACACAUAACGAGUGAUAAGGUGUGUUUGCUUUCACCCAAAGCUGGUGUAAUUCCACCAAUGAUGACCGUGUUGAUGAGUUUCCAAAGAGAAGUUUGGAUGAUGACGGCAAUCACGUGCAUAAUAGUUACUGUCAUAUACUACGUGGCCACAGCGAUCGACUCACGGCAGCCGAGACCUACGGGGUGCAACUUAGGACUGGAAAUAUACCGUAUGUUUAUCGGAGCACCCACGGAUAAGAUUUUCGCUUACUCUAGUCAGAGGAUAUUGACCGCGUUUUGUUUGAUUUUUACACUUGUCAUUCUAAAUGCUUUUCAGGGUUCUCUAGUAACGUUUUUAAGCACUCCGAUGCACUAUCCCGACAUCAACACUUUUAAGGAUCUAGAAGAGUCAGAACUGCCCAUUCGCACAUCCAGUAUCAGUUUCAAAGAAAUACUGAUCAGUGAUCCAAACUUAAAAGCUUUAGCUAACCGAGUCGAGAAAUGGGCCAAUGAAAUUGAUAUUUAUAAUUCGGAUGGACGUUUCGCUGGCUUUGAGCGGGUAAACGUCUUCAACUUAGAACAUUUUAAAGACGUUUUAUUUGUUGCCAACGAGAACAACACGCGUGUGCUACACACAAUGAACGAAUGCCUGAUGUCCUAUUUCAUAUCAUAUGUGGUUAACAGAGAUUCCCCGUACAAAAGGAGAAUCAACAUCCUACUGUCAUGGAUAGAUCAGGCUGGACUAGUUCUUAAGUGGAACAGUGAUGUUUCCAAGUACAUAUUUGAUAAAUACAAACCAAUCAAUCCCAAGGAUUAUGACACAUCUAAGGUUUUUUCUGUCAGAGAUCUCGAAAUAGCAUUCAUUGUUCUAUCGUUCGGAAUUAUCUUGAGCACUACUGUAUUCCUCAUUGAGAUAUGUACGUACAAACAUUUUAAACAGUCUAUACCACAUUUUCCAUUUUUACAAUAAUAUAUAUAAUUUUAAUCAAUAUGCAAAUUAAUAUUUUCUAUUGUGGUACUGUUAAUUGGAACAAUAACGUAGAUUUGUUUUUGGUAGGUUAAAAUUCGUGUUUAAGCGUGUAAUUCUUGUUUAGCUGAUAAUACGUAAUUUAUGCAUAGAUGCAAAUAAUAUAUAAUAGUCAACAGUGUGACGAUUUCAUGGCAAUUUAGUUUUUUUAAUCUAUACCUAAAUUUUAUAAGUAGCAAGUUUGUUAUUGCAAUUAUUUAAAACAAAAUGUUAAUACCGUUAAUACCGAGAAUGUAUAAUUACCUAUAAUUUAUUUGAAAAAAUCUUGAACCUAUGGAAGGAUUAACCUUGAUUAUCACAUUAU